AUGGGUGGUGGCAUUGAUGGACUUUACGCCAUUGCUGGGAACGACUCAGACGACACUACAGAGUUCUCAGGUACCAACUUGACAGCAAGUAUCUUCGACAUCAACAAUGACAGCUACCUGGUACAAGAGAGUGGUGCUAUUGGCUACAUUGCGAACCAGAGUCCUUCGCCGGAUAUUCCCAUCGUGUACUGGACCGACCCUGAUACUGUACAGAAUACUGAUGGCUAUACUCCGUUGACCUGCAGAAUCAGUUGUUCGGCUGAUGGGGCUUGUCCGAUGACUUGCAAUGGAUUCAAUGGAACACAGAACAACUACUGUGAUGAUUUCUGGUACCUUGGGUGGCCGGAUGGUGCACCAUGUUCGAAUGCUUUCAACAUUUACGCUGUGUCCCUAUGA